UGUUGUUUGUUGUAUGUGCUUUAGUGUGAUUUGGGUGAUUUGACAUUUUUAAUUCGUAUUUUGUGGGUUUUAAAUAGGAAAUAUAACAAUAAACGUGUUUAUUAUGAUUUAAAAAUAGUGCCACAUUUAAUAUAUAUGUUAUCAUGGCGAUUCCACCGUUUCCCUCUCAGGAUUUGGCCAAGCUCGUACUGGGGUAUCUCAUAGAGGAACAAUUAAUGACAGCGUAUGAUGAAUUCCUGCAUCAGAGUCCAUUCUUAGAUGCUGAAAAGAAUGAGUUUGACAGGAUCGCAAUGCAGCCCCUGAGACAUCUUCUCGGAGAAUAUAGGGCGGUCAAAAUAUAUGUUGAGAGCUGUAAACCAAUAGCCCUGAGAAGGAGACUAUUUCAAUGUCCAAAUUUACUAGAGGUUGUUAAACUUCUAGUGCAGUAUGUGGAUGUCAAGAGAGUUCAAGAAGAUUUGUGCAGAGAUCAAGUCAGUGCUGACUCACAAGAACCAACCUCCAGAACGGGAUGUGAAGCAUGUUUGUCCCUCAAAUUGGAGAGUUGUGUAUGUAAUAACAGAAGAAGAAAAGUGUCAAGUACAUCCAUCAAUAAUUCAGAGUCUGUCGAAGCUGGAAGAACUAUUGCCACAAAUACAUUAUCUGACUUGUCUGGUAACCAGAAUCUUGAUAAUAGGCAUGUUGAAGUUACUGCAAGUCAUACAAACCAAUCAAAUACUAUUAGUCAACAAGAGCUUCUACCGGGUGGUUAUCCUGGUGCAGGCGCCCCAAAUGUCGACCAAAACAGUAUUAUGCCUAAUCUUAAUCUUCAGCCAAACCCUAGCAUUACAAUUACACAACCACCAAAUGUCACUGGUAACGCAACAGCAAUGGAGUGUUCACAGAAUAUAGCAGAAUUCAACACCGUACUGAAUCAAGUGUACAAUAAAACCAAUGUCAUGGGAGGUCUAAGAGAUAACAAUAGUAUGAUGAGUACUGACACAACUAAUAAUAAUAGGAUACCUAACUGCCAACCUGAAAGUUUUCAAGAUUUUAGUACAGGAGUCAGGGGUCCAGGUGCAUCUUCUACACAUAUUAACGUUCCAGAUUCUAGUACUACAGAAAAUUUAACUGUGCCAUUAUCACAUCCUGACACAGAGCAAACAAUAUCAAAUAAAAGAAUUGUAAAGAAAUUUCAGAAAAGAAGUUGUGCCUUUAGAGUCGGAAAUGUGAAACAUGACGUUACAGAAAUAACCAGUGAAGUAAUAGAUGUUGAUGAUGAUACAUCACCAAACCCAAAGCUAGGGGAGCAAAAAGUGACCAUUCUAUCAAAUGUCAAAGUUGGCAAUGAUGAGGGACUGAUAAAAAUGUCGAAAAACGCAACUUCAACACCUUUGCUACAAUUUCAAACAAUUUGUUUAAAUGGCACACCCAUAUUUAAACCUAAAUCAGUGGAACAAAGGAUGAUAUAUACCAAAGAUGAAAUUAUGGCUAUGCCAACACUUAUUUUAGUCCCAGCAUCAGGUCCGUCAAACACGGCACCGACUGUUUGCCAACCACAAACCAUAUCAGCUCAGAGUUCCAAUAUUACGACAUCGACUACUUCCGCUCCGCCUACGCUUACGCCGUUAACGGUCGAUGUUUCAAAUAGUACCUCAGCCACGUGUAAUGUAUCGAAUGCUCACAAACCGGAAAAAACAACCGCGCAAGAUACUACUAGUCAAUCCGGCUUAGUGAAAACUGUAGAAUCAUUAAGAAACGCCUCAGUACCUAAAGAUAAUACAGUUCCAGGCUCUAGUUCAACGAGUACGCCACAAGGACUACCGCCUAUGAGGAAAUCCUCAUCUACGCCGCGUCGAACCAUAUCACAUGUUAGAGUUUUAGAUUUCACGACUCCAAGAAGAAUUCUAAAUGAAGCGAUUAGUGAAAAUCCUAAUGAGGAAGCCGAGUCUGAUAAGCCUGUUGAAAUUAUGAUAAGUAAAAGUCCUAAUGUAUCUUUUCCUCGUAACUCAAUAAUUUUAGAUAAUAUUGGCCAAUCAGACACUACUGUUGAUGCAGAUAAAAUUAAUGAAUCAGAGUCAAAUGGAAGUGUCAAGAAAAAAAUAGUGGAAAGCAAGAAAAGAGAUUGGGAUGCUGAUCUCCGGGCUCUUGUGGCAGGUAGUCAACAGCCCUUGAAACAACGCAUACCAUUAACAUCCCCGAAAUCUAAACCUAAAAAGAAAACUAUCAAGAAAACUACAGUUGAGAAAGAAAAUAUUAAAAAUAAGACGAUAAUAAAUACCGCAGAAAAAACGCGAAAAAAAUCAAGCGUAAAGAACAGUGAUUCCGUCAAUAAUAAACUUUCAAAGAAAAAAGACAAACCGGAGUCAGUAGCGAGGCCUGAAGAGAAUGUCCCAAGUCCAACAGUGUCUCCUAUAGGUAUAAUGCAAUAUGCUCAAGAAAAACCUGCAUUUGAACCGGAAAAAGUAAAAGAUAAAUCAAAUGACGAGGAACACAUUGUCACUCCUGAAGUAGAAAGAUUGUCUUUGAGAAAUGAGAUUGGAGGUAAACUCAACAUUUCAGAUAUAUUGGAAACACCCUACAAACAGGCAUUAUAUGAAAUUCAAAUGGAGACUCCCAGGUUUUUGGGACCGGAUAUACCAGACGAUCCUAUGUCAGAUAUAAAAAUAACGGAUAUACCGACGCCUAGAUUUUUGACGUCAAAUACGCCUUUUACUCCGAAACCUAAGCAAGCCACUCCUUCCUCUUAUUCUUCUCGCCCGACAGACUACUCAAGUGGUGGCUCAUAUUAUAAACCGGACGACCAAGAUUAUUUACGCAUCGUGGAUGAUACGAUAUGUCCUGUAACAUCUACCCAUUCAAAAGAUAAUUCUAAGGAAACAGUCACUGAAAGCACAGCCGAAUCUGAUCUUAAAGACAAUAAGCCAAAACGAAGUAAUAGGUCUCGACCAGUAAGGCAGUGUACCAAAAAUGUUUCAUAUUAUAAUAGUCCAAUGACUACCAAAAGUAUGAAUUCAAACAAAAAGGACGAUGUCUUAUCGUGCAGUGACUCAGCUAGUGCUAAUAGUUCGUUUGAAAAUGCCGUAAAAGAAGAUGUACAUGCACCAAGAAGUGAGAGAAAGCAUGCAACUAAAUCAGAAAAUAGGAGCAAACUCAGCUUAUCUAAAAAACGCUCACCACUCAAAAAAGUUACGCAGAAAUCUUUUAUGAAAAUAAAACCACGGCAUACGCCCACAAAAGAUUCUUCAAGGAAAAGUAAUAGAAAAUCCUCGGAAUCAUCACAAGUUACGUUAAAAGGAAAACCCAGAAUGAGAACGUCUUGUAAAGUGCCUGGUACUUCACCUCAUGCCGCUGCUGCGCCCACCAAACGCCGCCGAAAAUCGGCAACGCCCCGGAAACUGCAUCGCACUGAAUUCAAAUCUUCAGACCAUGACUCACCAGAAGCAGUAAGCACGGAAAAACCAAAAAGUGAAAUUCAAAAUUCUAGUGUAUCUUGUGUCCAAGAUUCUGAUACUGAACAACUUCCUCUUCGAUGGUCCGACGACGGCUCUCAAGAAAGCAGAGCCCAGGGUGAAACUGAAUCGAAUCGCAAGAAUGAAGAUGAAAUAUCUAAGAUAAAGGAGUACAUAGACAAAACAAUGAACUCAAGUCAUAAAGAUAAUGAAAUGUCGCAAAUAAAAGAGUACAUAGAAAAUACGAUGGUCUCAAGCUACAAAGAAAAUGAAGGUAGUUUACAAAACGAUUUAAUAAAACGUGGUUUUGAUAUAGAGACAGCCAAAAAAAUAGAACGGGAUUUGUUAAGUACACCAGUACCAGAGAAUAGAACUAAUUUGCCAUUAACUGUUGAUGAAGAAAGAAGUAAAAGAAUAUUAGAGAGGCCCGCAGAGAGCGAGAGUACUUUACCGAAAAAUGUUAUUUCUGAGGAAGAGUAUUUAGAAGAAGAUUUUAGUGUCUAUGAUUGUAAAGAAGGUAGUGCAAAUUAUUUAAUAGUUCAACACGAUGGGAUAGCACGUCCCGCAAUACCACCUGAAGAAGACCCGAAAUUAAAAGAUAAAUUUUCUUUGGAAAUAUGCAUUGAUGAUGGUGAUGUUGUCAGAUUGAGAGCUUCGUCGUACAAUAUUCUAAUGGAUGAAGAUUUUCAAGAUCUCGGUGAGACUAUUAAAGAGACAGAGAUGGCUGUAAGUUCUAUUUCUAACAUUGAUAGGUUGUACACACCGAUGAAAGACCAUAUCAGAGCUCAGUGCUAUUCAAUUUUCGAUUCAACCCUCACUAGUAUAGAUACUCCACUAAAAGCUGAUAGUCCAUCACGGAUACAAAACACAAUUUCUGUAACGAUAGAAGAUGACCCGGAAGAAAUACCUGAACUAAGAGAAAAAACGGAAAAUAGGAAAAGAAAAAGAUUACGUUGCAGUUCUGCUUCAGAUGAAUCUGUGACUGAUAACAAGAGAGUGAAACCUGACACUCAUAUGAUUUUAACAAAAGAUUUAAAAAAUAUGGACAUAGAAGUUUUACUAGCCAAAUUACAUGGAUCUACGAAAAACUGAACGAGAUUUAUUAAAUCGAGAAUAUUAUUUCUUUUGACAUUAUUUACAUUCAUAUUGACUGUGUUGAGUAUAUUGGAGUAUACUUAGUUAGGCGCAGAAGUAUUUGAGCAAAGUAACGAGCUAUUUACAUAAUUCUUAUUUGACAAUAGAGUCUGAUGUAGAUACUUUCGAUGUCUUUGCUUUACUAAUUCUGUUGCUGAUUUUACAGUAAGUGCCCUAACGUAUCCACAUUGCCAUACUAUCCGUAUAGAAAAGUGGAUAGUUAUGUUAGGGCACCGAAUGUACUUUGGCUUUCGUUAUUGAAUUAUUGAUUAAAAAAUAAUGAAGAUUUGAUUAAAAUCUACAUUUUUAAAUUGUUCAUAUAGUUAAAAUAAAAUUAUGUAUUAUACGAUUUAGCCCUUGACCGCCUGAGAUGUACAGACUGGCGAUUAAUAGGUUAUACGACUUAAAAGACUGUGUACAGUGUGUAUGUGUAGUGUAAGUAAUGUAAGUGUUGAUUGAGAGAAAUAUAUUUAUAUGUGUCAGACACAUAACACAACUUAGAAUUUUGUAAGCAUUGUAAUUAUCUCAAUAUAUGGUCUAAUUUGUUAUGUGUUCUUUGUAUUUAUCUGCGCUGGUCACAGUUAAUACGCUAAUAAAUAUUUUUUUGUA